CCACGAACUGCGCGAGUCUCCGCACCCCAUCUCUACGUCUUCGUUCUGACAGCGAUUAUUAGUCAAAGUGCCGCCGUCUCUUGUUCUCGUUUGUCGGUGAUGGCGAGUUAGUCGCGCCGCCGCUGCCGCCGCUUCCGCCUCCGGACGAUGCCGACGACGCGCGUCCACCAAGGAUAACCCGGACGAGAUGCUGCAAGGAUGGCGAGGGGCGUACCGGCGGUGCUGGUCCUUUCGGGAUUGCUGUCCUGCGCCGUACUGGGGAAAUACUCGGCCCACCAGAAGCAGCCGCUGAUGAGGGCGGAUUUUCACGCGGAGACCACGCUGUGCCAGACCACGCCGGGCCUGCGCCGCCCCCAGGUGGAGUUGUGCCGGCGGCUGCCGGACGUGACGGGGGCGGCGCUGCAGGGGCUGCAAGUGGCGGUGAAGGAGUGCCAGCACCAGUUCCGCCACCACAGGUGGAACUGCUCGUCGCUGGCCACGAGGGCGAAGAAUCCGUACACGAGCGCCAUCUUUCAGAAAGGUUUCAGGGAAACGGCUUUCGCCUACGCCAUCUCCACGGCCGGAGUCGUCCUGUCGGUGGCGAAGGCCUGUAGUCAAGGAUCGUUGAAAAAUUGCAGCUGUGAUACACAUAAGUACAAGAUGAAGGUGGCGGAGGACCUGAAUUCGGCGUGGAAGAUGGGCGGCUGCUCUCACAAUCUCCACUACGGGAUUCGCUUUUCGAAGAAGUUCCUUGACUCGAGGGAGAGCGGCGCGGACAUACAUUCGGAAAUCAACCUCCAUAACAACCACGUCGGGCGGAUGGUGGUCGCGGAGAACAUGCAGAAGAAGUGUAAGUGUCACGGAGUGUCGGGGGCGUGCGAGUUCAAGACGUGCUGGAGGGCCGUCCCGGAUAUCAGAGUGGUUGGGAGAGCGCUGAAGGAGAAGUUCAGGCAGGCAGUCCUGGUGUACCAGUCGAAUCUGGUGAAUAGGGAUCUUCAAAAGAACAACAGACCGAACCAAAAAAAGCGGAAGCAGCGCACAAGACUGAAGCAGUGGACACCCUACAAGCCGAAGCGCAAACGAGGCCUUCGCAACGACUUGCUCUUCUACGAGACCUCGCCAAAUUUCUGCGACAGCGACCGAACCUUCGACGUCCCGGGUACCAGCGGCCGGUACUGCAACAGAACGCACACGGGAGAAGGCAGCUGCUCGAGCCUCUGCUGCGGAAGGGGCUACAACAUGAUCAAGCAAAGGAGGACCCAAGCCUGCAACUGCAGGUUCCACUGGUGUUGUGACGUGGAGUGUGAGAACUGUACAGUGGAGGAGUGGGUUACCAUCUGUAAAUAAUCUGUAACUUGUAAUUUCUCGCAAUGGACACUCAGGACCGGAGCGCGCUUGUAGCGCGAUGCGGUUGUAUUGUAACUGUAAUUUAUUCGAACUGAUGUAAAUUAGUCUAGACGUGUAAGGUGCAACAGUAUUACCUUGUAAUUGUAAGCGUGGAAUAAACCAGAAUGUUGACGUU